GUGCGGCAGCUGCUGAUCGUGUGUUAUGCGCGCCGGGCUGGUGGCCUUCACUCGCACAAACUUCUGGCUGAGUCUUUGAAUGACUCAUUGGAUGGCCAGAGAGUAGAAAAACAAGUGACACUGAAAAAUCAUUCCACACAUUAUUUAUGAUACACAGUAGUCGACGGUAAUAUGUAAAUUUCAUUCUAAAAAUUUAUUUGAAGUCUGAUUGAAAAAAAAAAAGUUGUUUGACCAUUUAUCUACGCCAAGAAGUAUUCAUCAAACAGAAUGAGAGUGAAAGGGAACGUGGGCGUGGCCGCCUCCCUGCUGCUAUGCGUUGCCGGCCUGUUGCAUCCCGCACCCGUGGACGGCGGGAAGGAGGAGGAGAUACUGAAGGCGCUGGACGAGGCUGCCGCGGAGGGUUCCUGGGGCUACGUACCCUUGAGCGGCCCUUACAUCGACAUCAAGCACUCGGGAAACAUCACGGCGCGCCUGGGCUCCACGGCCAUCCUCAACUGUCGCAUUCUCUACAUGGUUGGCAAGCCGGUUUCUUGGAUGCGGAGUCGCGACCUUCACCUGCUGACGGUGGGCCGCUUUACCUACACAAGCGACGAGCGGUUCAAGGCGGUGCACCAGGCCGGCUCGCAAGAUUGGCUCCUCAAAAUCUUCUACGUGCAGCUCCGCGACGCCGGCCAGUACGAGUGCCAGGUGGGGACGACGCCCCCCAUGACACACAGCGUCUGGCUCUCCAUCAUGGAGCCGCAGACGGUGGUGCUCGGCGGGCCGGAUCUCUACAUCAACGCGGGCUCGGCCAUCAACCUGACCUGCCUUGUCAAGCACAGCCCCAAGCCCACGCCCUACAUAUUCUGGUACCAUGAUGACGUGAUGCUGAACCCUGACUCCGGACCCGACGUCAGCGUGACAGUGUCCUCAGAAAAUGACCACGACACUGUCUCGCGGCUGAUCAUCCGGUCGGCGGCGCCUCGGAAUUCAGGGCAAUACAAGUGCAUGCCGGCCACCGCCCCGCCGCACUCCAUCACUGUCCACGUCAUCAACAGUGACAAGCCGGCAGCCAUCCACCACAAAAACACAACAUCUAACUCCUCGUCCGGGAGCGGCCCCGCCCACCUGCCGCCGGUGCCCCUGCAGGUGUUUUUGGUAGGUCUUCUUCCCCUGGCAGUGGCCGGCGGAGGCGGCGACUUGGGAAGAAUCAUCAGUAGAACGGUGGGCUGGUGGCGGGCGUGGGGCUGCACGUGGCUGGCUGCUAGUUGCUGGCGGUGGUGGGACGGCCAUGCCGCCUCGACUUUCCCGAGGAGCACCAGAGUGAGAUAGGACCCAACACAAAGGAAAUAAGUUCUACGGUGGCUCGAGGUGUCUUGUGUUGUCUUACAGUUAGUGCAACUCUAUAGCUUCUUGUGAUGGACAUCUGUUGAACAAGCCAAGAAUCUGGGAUUCUGCCUUAAGUAAGCAACCAAGAAACUAUCACUCAGAGAUACAAGCCGGGAUGACCCGCUCAUUAUGAAGGGUGGAAAAAUGGUGCACAUCUCCAAUUGCCCUACCUCUUCUCUUUUUUCACACUUAGUAACUCAUCUCUCCCUCUUAACCGUAUCCUCCUCUCCUGACUAAUCAUCUCUCCCUCGCCAACAAGUGAAAUCGAGAUCUGUGUUGACGGAAUUAUGUAAAAAGCUCAAAUUUGUGGAUUUCAUUUUGUAAUCCACUUCAUCAUAACUGUCUAGGCUUUGAAUUAUUUUACCUUUAAUUUGGUAACAGUAGGCAAUGAGCGCUUUGAGGGUGUGUCUUCCUAAAAAUAUACACCGUGACAGUAAAUCCAAAGACCUUGAACUUUAUUACCUUAAUUACUGCUUUAAUUUGUUUAUCUACUUUGAGGAAGGUAUAUAGUGCUAACCUCAACGCCUGUACAGAAUACAAGAUCAAGACAGUCCUUGACGGCCACACAGGCCGCGGUCACAGUCAUGAUCAUGACUCCAGGCGCCCUCCCGACAUUAGAUCGCGCUGCAAAUUUUGGAAUGUCGCGCUGCCAGACGUACGUAACGACCAUCGUAAGUACAUCCCCUUGAGUGCCGACCAUAGCCGAUGUCGAAACGACGUUGUUACGACGUUGCUGAGAUGGACAUCCGACGGCCGUAAUUUAUUCGCAACGGGUGACAGAUGUCGGGGAGGGCCCCGACUGUUUUGAAAUUUCCAAACUGUCGGCGUACGGCCGACGGUGGGAGAAGCCAGCUACCUGGCAGGACCGCCGGGUAGACAUGAUCGAGACUGUGGGACUGGGGCCUAAUGGGGAUGGAGUGACGCGCCCCAAGUGUCAACCGAAGGUCGCAGUUGGAGUCAUGCCGUCUAGUGAAACCUCAACACCAGUAAUAAGGUGAACCAUUGCCCACAGUAAAAAUGGUCACCUUCAUCUCACUCUUGGUGUAAUAAGUAAGGCGACAGGAAACCAGUGACGCUGUGCUGCUUGCCUUGCACGCGAGGCAACACGCCUCGGCACAGCCUGUCCGGCGGGACUCGCCUUCAGUUGUAACGAGCCGCCGUACAGCACGCGCCUGGCGGCGGCUGACACGAUGCGCAGUGCCAGGGUCUGUCUGAUGCUCUCAAGGCAAAACUGUUUUCGCGCCUUUACUGAUUAAGAGAAAUGAUAAGUGUUUUAUGUACCACAUGAAGUAACAAAAAACAACACAGCGUAAAGCUGGUGAAUUCGUAAACUAUGAGCACAAACACACACACACACACACA